CGCUUCUCGGCUUUCUGGGAUUUGUAGUUCUCGUGUCACGUUCACUCGUUCGCUCCGCUGGUGGAAAAACUACAUAUCCCAGACUUCCGUGAAACAAUAAAGAUCGUCGACGCGCGGGGCGCUGGUCAUUCCGGUGAUGUGUCGGAGUCCGUGAUACACCGGAUCUCUCUCACAGCUCCGUCAUCGGCUCUUUGCGCUUCGUUGCGGCGGGAAAUGUCUGACAGUGGCGGAGGAGAGGACGGCGGCGGCGGGAUGGAGGUCUCUGCCGCCGUGCAGACGGUAGCGGACGCGUCGGUUCUGCAGAAACACUUCCGAAAGCUGGUGCCGCUGCUGCUGGAAGAUGGCGGCGACGCUCCCGCUUCUCUAGAGACCGCGCUGGAGGAGAAGAGCGCGCUGGAGCAGAUGAGGAAGUUCCUCUCGGAUCCUCAGAUUCACUCGAUCCUGGUGGAGCGGAGCGCGCUGAAAGAGGAUGUAGGUGAUGAAGGUGAGGAGGAGCGCGAGUGCAUUUCCUACAGCAUCAGCAUCGACAUCCAUUACGGGCUCAAAUCAAACAGCCUGGCCCUGAUCAAGCGGACCGGAGUGAUUGAUGCGGACAAACCCAUCUCCACUCAGGUGCGAGUUCUGACUCUGAGCGAAGACUCUCCGUACGAGACGCUGCACUCCUUCAUCAGCAAUGCUGUGUCUCCGUACUUCAAAUCCUACAUCCGAGAGUCUGGCAAAGCCGACAGGGAUGGCGAUAAGAUGGCCCCUUCGGUGGAGAAGAAGAUCGCGGAGCUGGAGAUGGGCUUACUGCACCUGCAGCAGAACAUCGAGAUCCCCGAGAUCAGCCUGCUCAUCCACCCCAUCAUCACCAACGUGGCCAAGCAGUGCUACGAGCGCGCAGAGAAGCCCAAGGUCACAGACUUCGGGGAUAAAGUAGAGGAUCCCAGCUUCCUGAACCAGCUGCAGUCUGGAGUCAACCGCUGGAUCCGGGAGAUACAGAAGGUGACUAAACUGGACCGAGACCCUGCGUCUGGAACGGCUCUGCAGGAGAUCAGCUUCUGGCUGAACCUGGAGCGAGCCCUGAACCGCAUCCAGGAGAAGAGGGAGAGUCCGGAGGUGCUGCUGACGCUCGACAUCCUCAAACACGGCAAACGCUUCCACGCCACGGUCAGCUUCGACACCGACACAGGCCUGAAGCAGGCUGUGGAGACGGUGAACGACUACAACCCUCUGAUGAAGGACUUUCCCCCUCGCUGGGGUAUAUUUGUAGACGAGAAGCUGCAGGUGCUCCUGAGGGACAUUGUGAAGAGGAAGAGGGAGGAGAAUCUGAAGAUGGUGUGGCGUCUCAGUCCGGCCCACCGGAAGCUCCAGGCCCGCUUGGACCACAUGCGGCGCUUCAGACGGCAACACGAGCAGCUGAGAGCCGUCAUCGUUCGCGUGCUCAGACCUCAGGUGUCCGCCGUGUCCCAGCAUGCUCAGGGAAAGACGGCCGAGCCCGACGAUAUGAAGGUGGCCGAGGUGCUCUUCGAUGCCGCAGACGUCAACGCCAUCGAGGAAGUCAAUCUGGCCUAUGAAAACGUGAAGGAAGUGGACGGACUGGACGUCUCGAAGGAGGGAGUGGAGGCCUGGGAAGCGGCCAUGAAGCGCUACGACGAGCGCAUCGACCGCGUGGAGACACGCAUCACGGCACGCCUGCGAGACCAGCUGGGCACCGCCAAGAACGCCAACGAGAUGUUCCGCAUCUUCUCCCGCUUCAACGCCCUGUUCGUGCGGCCGCACAUCCGCGGAGCCAUCCGAGAGUACCAGACGCAGCUCAUCCAGCGCGUCAAAGACGACAUCGAGGCUCUGCACGACAAGUUCAAGGUGCAGUAUCCUCAGAGCCAGUCGUGCAAGAUGAGCCACGUGCGAGACCUGCCUCCCGUCUCCGGCUCCAUCAUCUGGGCCAAGCAGAUCGACCGGCAGCUGACGGCCUACAUGAAGCGCGUGGAAGACGUCCUCGGGAAGGGCUGGGAAAACCACGUGGAGGGUCUGAAGCUCAAGCAGGACGGUGACAGCUUCCGCGCCAAGCUCAACACGCAGGAGAUCUUCGACGACUGGGCAAAGAAGGUGCAGCAGCGCAACCUGGGCGUGUCGGGCCGCAUCUUCACCAUCGAGAACACGCGCGCCCGCGGACGCACCGGCACCGUGCUCAAGCUCAAGGUCAACUUCCUGCCCGAGAUCAUCACGCUCUCCAAAGAGGUGCGCAACCUGAAGUGGCUGAGCUUCCGCGUGCCGCUGGCCAUCGUCAACAAAGCCCAUCAGGCCAAUCAGCUGUAUCCCUUCGCCAUCUCGCUCAUCGAGAGCGUCCGCACCUACGAGCGCACCUGCGAGAAGGUGGAGGAGAGGAUGUCCAUCUCGCUGCUGGUGGCCGGCCUGAAGAAGGAGGUGCAGGCGCUCGUCACCGAGGGCAUCUCUCUGGUCUGGGAGUCCUACAAACUCGACCCGUACGUCCAGCGUCUGGCCGAAACCGUCUUCAACUUCCAAGAAAAGGUUGACCAGCUCAAGACCAGCUAUGACCGCUCCAAGUCAAUGGCUACCAGCAGCAGUUUGGUCGGCGUUCACUAUGAGUUAUCAGAAGAGGAGAAGUUCUACAGGAACGCUCUGACCAGAAUGCCUGACGGUCCGUCUGCGCUGGAAGAAGCUUAUAAUGCAGUGAAGGAGAUCGUCUCCGAGGUGGAGCAGUACGUCAAGGUAGCGUCUUCUCUUAGAGUGGCUCUGGAGGAGCUGCAGGAUCUGAAGGGUGUUUGGUCGGAGCUGUCGAAGGUCUGGGAGCAGAUCGAUCAGAUGAAGGAGCAGCCGUGGGUCUCUGUGCAGCCGCGUAAGCUGCGCCAGAGUCUGGACGCUCUCCUCAACCAGCUGAAGAACUUCCCCGCUCGUCUGCGGCAGUACGCCUCCUACGAGUACGUGCAGAGACUGCUCAAGGGGUACAUGAAGGUGAACAUGCUGGUGAUCGAGCUGAAGUCAGAGGCGCUGAAGGACCGGCACUGGAAGCAGCUGAUGAAGCGUCUGCAUGUGAACUGGGUUCUGUCCGAGCUGAGUCUGGGUCAGAUCUGGGACGUGGACCUGCAGAAGAACGAGAUGGUGGUGAAGGACGUGCUGCUGGUGGCGCAGGGAGAGAUGGCUCUCGAGGAGUUCCUCAAGCAGAUUCGUGAAGUUUGGAACUCGUACGAGCUCGACCUCGUCAACUAUCAGAACAAGUGCCGCCUGAUUCGCGGAUGGGACGAUCUGUUCAACAAAGUCAAGGAGCACAUCAACAGCGUGUCUGCCAUGAAGCUCUCGCCCUACUACAAGGUGUUCGAGGAGGACGCUCUGAGCUGGGAGGACAAACUCAACCGCAUCAUGGCUCUGUUUGACGUCUGGAUCGACGUGCAGCGCCGCUGGGUUUACCUGGAAGGCAUUUUCACAGGAAGCGCAGACAUCAAACACCUGCUUCCUGUGGAGACGCAGCGCUUCCAGAGCAUCAGCACGGAGUUUCUGGCCCUGAUGAAGAAGGUGACCAAGUCUCCUCUGGUCAUGGACGUCCUGAACAUUCAGGGGGUUCAGAGGUCGCUGGAGAGACUCGCUGACCUGCUGGGAAAGAUCCAGAAAGCACUGGGAGAAUAUCUGGAGAGAGAGCGCUCGUCUUUCCCCAGGUUCUACUUUGUUGGUGAUGAAGAUCUGCUGGAGAUCAUCGGCAACAGUAAGAAUGUGGCCAAACUGCAGAAACACUUCAAGAAAAUGUUCGCUGGAGUUUCGAGCAUCCUGCUGAACGAGGACAACACGGAGGUGCUGGGCAUCUCGUCCCGAGAGGGAGAGGAGGUGCUCUAUAAGACGCCGGUGUCCAUCACGGAGCAUCCGAAGAUCAACGAGUGGCUGACGCUGGUGGAGCGUGAGAUGCGGGUGACGCUGGCUAAGCUGCUGGCCGAGUCCGUCACAGAGGUGGGCGCCUUCAACAAGAGCACGGGCAUCGACCUGAGCACCUACAUCAACUGGAUCGACCGAUACCAGGCCCAGCUGGUGGUUCUGUCCACUCAGAUCGACUGGUCUGAGAACGUGGAGAGCGCUCUGACCACCAUCGGCGGCGGGGAAGACAUGGGUCCGCUGCAGGCCGUGCUGGCCAACGUGAAGGCGACGCUCAACCUGCUGGCCGACACGGUUCUGAUGGAGCAGCCGCCGCUGCGCAGGAAGAAGCUGGAGCACCUGAUCACUGAGUUGGUGCACCAGAGAGACGUGACCAGAACUCUGAUCAAGAACAAGAUCGACAACCCCAAGUCUUUCGAGUGGCUCAGCCAGAUGCGCUUCUACUUCGACCCCAAGCAGACCGACGUCCUCCAGCAGCUCUCCAUUCAGAUGGCCAACGCUAAGUUCAACUACGGCUUUGAGUAUCUGGGUGUGCAGGAGAAGCUGGUGCAGACGCCGCUGACCGACCGCUGCUACCUGACCAUGACGCAGGCGCUGGAGGCCCGUCUGGGAGGAUCGCCCUUCGGUCCUGCUGGAACGGGGAAGACCGAGUCUGUCAAAGCUCUGGGUCACCAGCUGGGCCGCUUCGUCCUGGUCUUCAACUGUGACGAGACCUUUGACUUCCAGGCGAUGGGCCGCAUCUUUGUGGGUCUGUGUCAGGUGGGAGCCUGGGGCUGCUUCGACGAGUUCAACCGUCUGGAGGAGCGCAUGCUGUCUGCCGUGUCUCAGCAGGUCCAGUACAUCCAGGUGGCGCUGAGAGAACACAGCAACCCCAACCGAGACCACAGUGUGCCCGUCACCACAGAGCUGCUGAACAAACAGGUGAAGGUGAGUGCUGAGAUGGCCAUCUUCAUCACCAUGAACCCCGGUUACGCCGGACGCUCCAACCUGCCCGAUAACCUCAAGAAGCUCUUCAGGAGUCUGGCCAUGACCAAACCGGACCGGCAGCUGAUCGCUCAGGUCAUGCUGUACUCGCAGGGCUUCCGCACCGCUGAGAUCCUCGCCAAGAAGAUCGUCCCGUUCUUCAAGUUGUGUGACGAGCAGCUGUCGUCUCAGUCUCACUAUGACUUCGGUCUGCGAGCGCUCAAGAGCGUGCUGAUCAGCGCCGGGAACGUCAAGAGAGAACGCAUCCAGAAGAUCAAGAGAGAGAAGCGUGAGCGCGGCGAGGACGUGGAUGAGAACGAGAUCGCAGAGAACCUUCCGGAGCAGGAGAUUCUGAUCCAGAGCGUGUGUGAGACCAUGGUGCCGAAGCUGGUGGCCGAGGACAUCCCGCUGCUCUUCAGCCUGCUCUCUGACGUGUUCCCCGGCAUUCUGAUCCAGAGCGUGUGUGAGACCAUGGUGCCGAAGCUGGUGGCCGAGGACAUCCCGCUGCUCUUCAGCCUGCUCUCUGACGUGUUCCCCGGCGUCCAGUACAUGCGUGGAGAGAUGACGGCGCUGCGAGAGGAGCUGAGGAAGGUCUGCGCUGAGAUGUACCUCACGUACGGAGACGGAGACGACGUGGGCAGCAUGUGGGUGGAGAAGAUCCAGAGAGACGCUGCUGCAGUUCUGCAGCCGUAUUUCACCUCCACCGGUCUGGUGAUCAAAGCUCUGGAACACGCGUCAAAGAUGGAGCACAUCAUGGACUUCACGCGUCUGCGCUCGCUGAGUUCGCUCUUCUCCAUGCUGCAUCAGGCCUGCCGCAACGUGGCCCUCUACAACAACAACCACCAUGAUUUCCCCAUGCCCAUCGACCAGCUGGAGAAAUACAUGCAGAAAUACCUCAUCUACGCGGUGCUGUGGUCCUUCUCGGGCGACAGCAGGCUGAAGAUGCGAGCGGAGCUGGGAGAAUACAUUCGCCGCAUCACCACCGUGUCUCUCCCGUCCGCGCCCAACCAUGUCGUGCAGAAAUACCUCAUCUACGCGGUGCUGUGGUCCUUCUCGGGCGACAGCAGGCUGAAGAUGCGAGCGGAGCUGGGAGAAUACAUUCGCCGCAUCACCACCGUGUCUCUUCCGUCCGCGCCGAACGUGCCGAUCAUCGACUACGAGGUGUCCAUCACGGGCGAGUGGCAGUCCUGGCAGGUGAAGGUGCCUCAGAUCGAGGUGGAGACGCACAAGGUGGCCUCGCCGGACGUGGUGGUGCCCACUCUGGACACGGUGCGUCACGAGGCUCUGCUCUACACCUGGCUGGCCGAACACAAGCCUCUGGUGCUCUGUGGGCCGCCGGGCUCCGGGAAAACCAUGACCCUGUUCAGUGCCCUGAGAGCCCUGCCGGACAUGGAGGUGGUGGGUUUGAACUUCUCCAGCGCUACGACUCCGGAGCUGCUGCUGAAGACCUUCGAUCAUUACUGCGAGUACCGCAGGACUCCUAACGGCGUGGUUCUGGCUCCGGUGCAGCUGGGCAAGUGGCUGGUGCUCUUCUGCGACGAGAUCAACCUGCCAGACAUGGACAAGUACGGCACGCAGCGGGUCAUCUCCUUCAUCAGACAGAUGGUGGAGCACGGCGGCUUCUACCGCACCUCAGACCAGACCUGGGUGAAGCUGGAGCGGAUCCAGUUCGUCGGGGCCUGUAAUCCUCCCACAGACCCCGGCAGGAAGCCGCUCUCCUACAGGUUUUUGCGUCACGUGCCGGUGGUGUAUGUGGACUAUCCCGGCCCCGCCUCACUCACGCAGAUCUACGGCACCUUCAACAGAGCCAUGCUCAGACUCAUCCCGUCGCUGCGGACCUUUGCUGAGCCGCUCACGGCAGCCAUGGUCGAGUUCUACACCAUGUCUCAGGAGCGGUUCACUCAGGACACGCAGCCGCACUACAUCUACUCCCCGAGAGAGAUGACCCGCUGGGUCCGAGGCAUCUUUGAGGCGCUGCGGCCGCUGGAGACGCUGCCUGUGGAGGGUCUGAUUCGCAUCUGGGCUCACGAAGCACUGCGACUCUUCCAGGACCGUGUCCUCAUCGCAGGCACUUGUUUCAGCAUGUGGCAAAUGUGUGAUUGUGUGGUGGAUGGGUGUCACGUGUUUGCUCUGGCUGGACUGAUGGUGUUUCUCCUCAGGUGUGUGCUCAACUGGUUUGGCGAUUGGUCCACUGAAGCGCUCUAUCAGGUGGGUAAAGAGUUCACCAGCAAGAUGGACCUGGAGAAGCCCAACUACAAAGUGCCGGACUACAUGCCCACCGUGUAUGACAAGCUGCCGCAGCCGCCCACACACCGCGAGGCUAUCGUCAACGGCUGUGUGUUCGUGCAUCAGACGCUGCACCAGGCUAACAACCGUCUGGCGAAGCGCGGCGGCCGCACUAUGGCCAUCACCCCGCGACACUACCUGGACUUCAUCAACCACUACGCCAACCUGUUCAACGAGAAGCGCAGCGAGCUGGAGGAGCAGCAGAUGCAUCUGAACGUGGGUCUGCGCAAAAUCAAAGAGACCGUCGAUCAGGUGGAGGAGCUGCGGCGCGACCUGCGGAUCAAGAGUCAGGAGCUGGAGGUCAAGAACGCUGCUGCCAACGACAAGCUGAAGAAGAUGGUGAAAGACCAGCAGGAGGCCGAGAAGAAGAAGGUCAUGAGUCAGGAUAUACAGGAAGCGGUUUACAAGCAGCAGGAAGUGAUUAAAGUCAAGCAGCUGAGCGUGAAGCAGGAUUUGGACCAGGUGGAGCCGGCCGUCAUCGAGGCUCAGAACGCUGUUAAAUCGAUUAAGAAGCAGCACUUAGUGGAGGUGCGAUCGAUGGCCAACCCGCCGGCGGCAGUCAAGCUGGCUCUGGAGUCCAUCUGUCUGCUGCUGGGCGAGAGCACCACCGACUGGAAGCAGAUUCGCUCCAUCAUAAUGCGCGAGAACUUCAUCCCCACUAUUGUGAACUUUUCUGCUGAUGAGAUCAGUGACUCCAUCCGUGAGAAGAUGAAGAAGAACUACAUGUCCAACCCCAGCUACAACUACGAGCAGGUGAACCGGGCGUCUCUGGCCUGUGGGCCGAUGGUCAAGUGGGCCAUCGCUCAGCUGAAUUACGCAGACAUGCUGAAGCGGGUCGAGCCGCUGAGGAACGAGCUGCAGAAGCUGGAGGAUGACGCUAAAGACAACAAGACGAAGGCCGAGGAGGUGGAGCAGAUGAUCCGGGAUCUGGAGAACAGCAUCGCACGCUAUAAGGAGGAGUACGCCGUGCUCAUCUCUGAAGCGCAGGCCAUCAAAGCUGAUCUGGCUGCUGUGGAGGCGAAGGUGAACCGCAGCACAGCCCUGCUGAAGAGUUUAUCUGCUGAGAGGGAGCGAUGGGAAAAGACCAGCGAGACCUUCAAGAACCAGAUGUCCACCAUCGCUGGAGACUGUCUGGUCUCCGCCGCCUUCAUCGCUUACGCUGGUUACUUUGACCAGCAGAUGAGACAGAACCUCUUCACCACCUGGUCCCAUCACCUCCAGCAGGCCAACAUUCAGUUCCGCACGGACAUCGCCAGGACGGAAUAUCUGUCCAAUGCGGACGAGAGGCUGCGCUGGCAGGCUAACUCACUGCCCGCUGACGACCUGUGCACCGAGAACGCCAUCAUGCUGAAGCGCUUCAACCGGUAUCCGCUCAUCAUCGACCCAUCAGGUCAGGCCACGGAGUUCAUCAUGAACGAAUAUAAAGACAAAAAGAUCACCCGCACCAGCUUUUUGGACGAUGCCUUCAGGAAGAAUUUGGAGAGCGCUCUGAGAUUCGGCAACCCUCUGCUGGUGCAGGACGUGGAGAGCUACGACCCCAUCCUGAACCCGGUGCUCAACCGAGAGGUGCGCAGGACCGGCGGCCGAGUGCUCAUCACGCUCGGAGAUCAGGACAUCGAUCUGUCUCCUUCCUUCGUCAUCUUCCUCUCCACACGAGACCCCACGGUGGAGUUCCCUCCUGACCUUUGCUCGCGUGUAACCUUCGUGAACUUCACCGUGACCCGCAGCAGCCUGCAGAGCCAGUGUCUCAACGAGGUCCUGAAGGCUGAGCGUCCGGACGUGGACGAGAAGCGAUCGGACCUGCUGAAGCUGCAGGGUGAGUUCCAGCUGCGUCUGCGUCAGCUGGAGAAAUCACUGCUGCAGGCCCUGAACGAGGUCAAGGGUCGCAUCCUGGACGAUGACACCAUCAUCACCACCCUGGAGAACCUGAAGAAGGAGGCGGCGGAGGUGACCAGGAAAGUGGAGGAAACGGACAUCAUCAUGCAGGAAGUGGAGACGGUGUCUCAGCAGUAUCUGUCUCUGUCCUCGGCCUGCAGCAGCAUCUACUUCACCAUGGAGGCUCUGAACCAGAUGCACUUCCUGUAUCAGUACUCGCUGCAGUUCUUCCUGGAUAUCUACCACACUGUAUUAUACGAGAACUCCAACCUGAAGAGCGUGAGCGACCACACACAGCGUCUGUCUCACAUCACCAAAGACCUGUUCCAGGUGGCGUUUAACCGAGUCGCUCGAGGCAUGCUGCAUCAGGACCACGUCACGUUUGCCAUGCUGCUCUCACGAAUCAACCUGAAGGGCAUGACCAGCGAGCCGUCAUUCGACGCAGAGUUCCAGCACUUCUUGCGUGGGAAAGAGAUCGUGUUGAGCGGGACGACGGUGCCGAAAGUCAAGGGUUUGAGCAGCGAGCAGUCCGAGGCCAUGGUGCGCCUCAGCCGCCUGCCUGCGUUUAAAGACCUGGUGUCCAAAGUGCAGGCGGACGAGCAAUUCUUCAUGUGGAUCGAGAGCAACUCGCCGGAGCUGUCAGUACCGUACCUGUGGACCGAAGAGAAGACGUCCACUCUGAUCGGUCAGGCCGUCCACCAGCUGCUGCUGAUCCAGGCGUUCAGACCCGACCGCCUGCUGGCCAUGACACACAUCUUAGUGUCUAAAGUCAUGGGAGAAAACUUCAUGGCCAUCAUGGAACAGCCGCUGGACCUGGCUAACAUCGUGGACAGUGAGGUGAAGCCGGGGACGCCGGUGCUGAUGUGCUCCGUGCCCGGAUACGAUGCCAGCGGAUUGGUGCGGGAUCUCGCGGCUGAGCAGAACAAACACAUCACCUCCAUUUCCAUCGGUUCUGCCGAAGGCUUCAAUAAAGCCGACCGAGACAUCAACACAGCGGUGAAGUCCGGCAGGUGGGUGAUGCUGGAGAACGUUCACCUGGCUCCCGGUUGGCUGAUGCAGCUGGAGAAGAAGCUUCACUCCAUGCAGCCGCAUGCCUGCUUCCGGCUCUUCCUCACCAUGGAGAUCAACCCCAAGGUCCCUGUGAACCUGCUGCGGGCCGGACGUAUCUUUGUGUUCGAACCUCCUCCCGGGAUGAAGGCUAAUAUGCUGCGCACGUUCAGCAGUAUUCCUGUGGCGCGCAUGUGUAAGUCUCCAAACGAAAGAGCUCGCUUGUACUUCCUCCUGGCCUGGUUCCACGCCGUCAUCCAGGAGCGCCUGCGUUACGCUCCGCUGGGCUGGUCUAAGAAGUACGAGUUCGGAGAGUCGGAUCUGCGCUCGGCCUGCGACACGGUGGACACCUGGCUGGACGAUACGGCGAAGGGCCGGCAGAACAUCUCUCCGGAUAAGAUCCCGUGGGCGGCGCUGAGGACGCUGAUGGCCCAGUCCAUCUACGGAGGACGCAUCGACAACGAGUUCGACCAGCGGCUGCUCAACACCUUCCUGGAGCGUCUCUUCACCACCAGCAGCUUCGACAGCGAGUUCAAGCUGGCGCUCAAAGUGGACGGACACAAGGACAUCAAGAUGCCCGACGGGAUCCGGCGUGAGGAGUUCAUUCACUGGGUGGAGAUGCUGCCGGACACUCAGACUCCAUCAUGGCUGGGUCUGCCGAGUAAUGCAGAGAAGGUCCUGCUCACUACUCAGGGCAUUGACAUGAUGGGGAAGCUGCUGAAAAUGCAGAUGUUGGAGGAUGAGGACGAUCUGGCGUACGAGACGGAGAAGAAGCAGCGCAGCACGUCCUCGUCUGACACGCAGCCGGCCUGGAUGAGGACGCUUCACACCACGGCUCGUAACUGGCUGCAGCUGAUCCCGGAGUCUGUGAGCCCGCUCAAACGCACCGUGGAGAACAUCAAGGAUCCUCUGUUCCGGUUCUUCGAGCGCGAGGUGAAGAUGGGCUCGCGGAUGCUGCAGGACGUGCGUCAGGAUCUCACCGAUGUGGUGCAUGUGUGCGAGGGCAAGAAGAAGCAGACCAACGACCUGCGCACGCUCAUCAACGACCUGGUCAAAGGCAUCCUGCCCCGCAGCUGGAGCCGCUACACCGUCCCCGCAGCCAUGACCGUCAUCCAGUGGGUGGCAGACUUCAGCGAGCGGAUCAAGCAGCUGCAGCAGAUCUCACAGGGAGCGGCUAGCGGCGGUGCUAAAGAGCUCAAGAACAUCCAUGUGAACCUGGGCGGUCUGUUCGUGCCGGAGGCCUACAUCACAGCCACGCGUCAGUACGUGGCUCAGGUCAACAGCUGGUCUCUGGAGGAGCUGUGUCUGGAGGUGAACGUGACGUCUGCGCAGGGAGCGGCGCUGGACGCCUGCAGCUUCGGCAUCAGAGGUCUGAAGCUGCAGGGGGCCACCUGCGCCAACAACAAGCUCUCUCUGUCCACCAGCAUCUCCACUGAACUGCCGCUGACGCAGCUGCACUGGAUGAAGCAGAGCAACACCGAGAAGAGGAGCAUGGUCACGCUGCCCGUGUAUCUGAACUUCACACGCUCCGACCUCAUCUUCACCGUCGACUUCGACAUCGCCACUAAAGAAGACCCGCAUCACUUCUACGAGCGCGGAGUCGCCAUCCUCUGCACCGACUAGAUGCUGCUUAACCAGCCACUUCUCUUGACUAAUCAUUCCUGUUAGUGUAGUGAACAGAAGCGUAUGUAGGUGAACCACAGCUCUGCAUGUCAUGUGUUUAACUGGAGAGAGUUUAGAGAGUCAGACGCACGUUGGAUUGUGUUGGGGUUUCUGAGGCAGAUGGGAUUGUGUGUGUUUUAGAUGGAAAAAUGGAAGUUGAUUGAAGUUUUGCAUGAUUGGUGGUUUCCAAUAAAGCUCAUUUAGAAUGUA